AACCAUGAGGUACAUUAAACAACGAAAAUAGAACGACCAACGCCUUUGCAGCCUCACCAUGGAAGAAGACUCGCAAUGACUUUUCAGGUUGCUUGAACGCGCUGGUGCAGAUUUUCUUCCUCUACUUGUAAUUGUGUGUUCCUUUGAUAGUAUUUUCCACCAAGCUUCCCGAGGUAUCUACGACCUCCCCUAAGUCAGCGUAGCAUUAAUUGUUAUUAUUAUUUUUUUUUCUUAAUUGUGAUUAAAUUUCAUUUUCGAGAGAUUUUUGAGCGGCGUUUUGGAUUUCCUACGUGUUUGGAGUGUCGGAAUAUACACACAAUGAUGCUACAGGGUUGCUGAAAAGUUUAAUAUAUUAUGUGCCUUGCCUGUAGCUUUCCAAUAGACGCGGUUAUGCGAGCUCUUUUGAGUUGAUUUUUGAAACCUAAUAAUAUAUGAACAAAAAGGUGAUUGCUCAUGAAGGAUGAUAAAGUAAAAGGGAGUGAUGUGAUGGAGCAAUAAUGGUACAUAGAUUGCACACCUGAUUUGUGGGUAUUUUGUCUUAAAUGAUUUGGUGGUUGUGAUUGUGUCAUAACUGAAAGAGUAGCAUCUGUGUGAUUGACUUAUAUGGUUAGGGUAUUUGUUUAAUGUCUGAGGAAGCUUCCCAGGUAGUUUUCUGGGAGAUGUUUUGAUCUUUAUUUAAGCACUUUUAGUCUGACCUACCAUAACUAGAUUUUUCCCAUCCAUAUUUGUCGAUUUGGGAUUUGUGAUGUUACCUAAGAGGCAGCUCAGGGAGGAGGGGGAGGGGGAUUCCGGGAAUCAGAAUAGACGAAGGCUUAUGUCUUUGAGUAUACUCAAAGGAGCAAGAAAUGUUCGGAAUGUGCAAGGAAUGGUGCCUGUCUUGGAGCCUCUUAUCCGAAAAUGGGUUCAAGAGGCAGUGGUUGCUGCAGUUGAUCGAAUUGAAAGACCCUCCUAUAGUGGAAUUGCGUACUCGGGCUCAAGGACUCUGCAGCUGCAGUUUUGCAGUAAGUUGCCUGGCUCCCUAUAUACAGGCAGCAGGAUCUUGUCUGAGGAUGGAAGCCCUGUUCGACUAACCUUACGCGAUUCCAUCUCCAAGCAAAUAGGAUGGACAAAGGAAGAUUUUGAUCGUUAUGUUGUGCAAAACAGAGAAGGAAGGAGGCCAUUGUUGACCGGAGAUUUGGCUAUUUCUUUGCAAAAUGGAGAGGGUCAGAUUGAUCAGGUGAUUUUCACCGACAAUUCCAGCUGGAUGAGAAGCCGGAAGUUUCGAUUGGGAGCGCAAGUGCAUCUUACUACAUCUGAUGAAAUAAGCAUCAGGGAAGCCAUGACCAACUGCUUCAAAAUCUUGGAUCAUAGGGGGGAAUCUUACCGUAAGCACUAUCCUCCAUCCUUAGCUGAUGAAGUGUGGCGCUUGGAGAAGAUAGCGAAACACGGAAAAUUUCAUAACAGACUGACAUCCGUUAGUAUUUUUUGUGUCCGGGAUUUCUUGAGGUGGUAUGAAACAAGUCAGCACGACUUGCGCUCUGUACUCGGUAAUAUUUCAAACAAGAUGUGGAACAAAAUCAUCCAACAUGCUACAAGCUGUAUUUUGGAUGAUCAGAGAUACACAUACACGCCUGUCCCGGGGACUGAGCUGUUCUUCAACUCUGUCUACAAGUUGGUCGGAGUGCGAUUGGAUGGCCAAAUCUAUGAUUCACUUGAUACUCUCAACGUACAGAAGAUGAGGAUGGUGGAAGAUCUAAAGCAGCUCGCGUACAGAAACAUGGAAGACUGGAUUUUAGACACACCCGCCAUCGCCUACCCAAACCUUCCAAUAAAUACAACUGAUCAUUUCAACCAUCCUCCUACCGUUGAUCUCCAGGAUAAAUAUCUCCAUGUUGAUCAAGGCCAACCCGAACUGCAAAUCAACAAUUACCACCAACCAACAAUAUCCUCUUUGCCUUCCAACGCCGGAGAAGCCAACCGACAUCAUGCUAGUUUUGAGAUCGGCGAAAGCUCCCAAAUGCAACAGGGGUUCAAUCCUGGAUUUAGAAACAGUAUUGGCAUGACUGAUUACUCUCCCAGCCCCUUCUUCGGCAGCAUCUGCUUGGGAUCAUCUCCGCUGUGUGCCGAAGAUUUGCCACCAGCCAACAACCACUUCCACGGCGAGCCAUCAUCGUCCUCUACAUAUGACAUGCUGUUUUCUGAUUCCAACAAUCAUGAAAUCAGUCCAAAUUCCGCUGGCAUCAUGAUCCCCAGAAAUCUCACACCCAAAACAAGAUGGUACAAACUCCUCUCCGUCGUCAAGUGGAGAAUCCUGGUUAAACGCAGCGUAGCUGCAAGAAAAUGGAAGCAAUUCUUCGACUAUAUGUAAGUAGUGUACUCAAAGAUUUUAACCAUUUCCAUAUCCCCACGUUUUGUGAAGCUGCAAGAAAGAUGGGUCUCUCUAUGUGAUUAGUUUUGUAGUAAGAAUGGAGUUAGUUCUUUCAUGUCUGUGAAUCCAGCCUGCAUGUAGUGAAGAAACAAUGGAGUAUUGUGUUAGUUAAGCUUCCUGAUGCUGGCUGGCUGUCUGUCUGUCUGUAUUUAUGUAUGUAUGAAUGUAUCUUUGUUAAUCGAAGUGGUUCUGUAGCUUUUCUUCCUGCUAUAAAAAUGGAGUUUCUAA